AUGCACCGUUCCAGUCUCUCCCUCACGGCGGUCCUCCUGCACGCAGCCGGAGUAUGUGGCGCCACCCUAUCGCUCUUUAAUCCCUGGAACGCUAGCGAGUGGAUAGCCUCUGAUGACACCGUCCGCGGUGGCUUGAGCCGAUCGGGCCUGGAAAUCAUCUCCCCCGACGCAUCCGAGAACCCCUUCGACAGCCCCAUCGCCAGUUUCUUCGGCACCCUCGACUACGAGGCCCUCAACGGCAGCGGAUUCGCCUCGCAGAGGACCGUUGACGGCUGGCCCGGCGUGGACCUCUCGGCUUAUGACAGGCUCGUUCUGGAAGUGCCCUACACUGACGGGAAGACUUACACGCUCAAUGUCAAGGACACCGUGCUCCCGCCGGUCAACGGGGUGGAGCAGGCGUCUGUCAGCUGGGAGCACGAUUUCCAGCUGCCGGCCCAGGAGGCGACUUCCGCGGAUGACUAUGCCCAGGUCGUUGUCAUGUUUGAGGAUCUGAUCCCGACCUAUCGUGGCAGGGUGCAGAAUGAUACGGCGCCCCUUGACCUGGCGGAUAUCAAGAGAUUCAACAUUAUGAUCCGCAGCUUCUUCGGCCAAGAGACACAAGCAGGCGACUUUGAGCUGAGAAUCAAAUCAAUAUUGGCUGCAGAUUCUGCGGCUGUCUGA